AUGAACAAAGGGUACCUUAAUGGAGUUGUUUUUCUUGACCUAAAGAAAGCAUUUGAUUGCGUAGACCACAGUAUCCUACUCCGAAAAUUAGAACUUUAUGGCAUAAAAGGGGUUGAACUAAAUUGGUUUAAAUCAUACUUGUCAAAUAGAAUCCAAAGGUGUAAGAUUGGAAAAACUAUUUCAGAGCCGCAAAAAAUUCGUAGUGGAGUACCCCAGGGAUCUAACUUGGGUCCUCUGCUAUUCCUUCUUUAUAUUAACGACUUGCCAAAUUGUUUAAAAUAUACUAAAGCGAAUAUGUUUGCCGACAACACAAAUCUAACCACUGCAAGCUUAAAUAAAGAAGAACUACAACGGCGAUUAAAUUCCGACCUAGAGCUUAUGCACAACUGGUUGUUGGCCAAUAAAUUGACAUUAAAUAAAGAUAAAACAGAAUAUAUGCUAAUUGGUUCACACCAGAGAUUAUCGACUGUUGAAACUGACCCGAUCCUAGAAUUUGGGGAUACAAAAAUUAAAAGGGUUAAUCACGCAAAAUCAUUGGGCAUAAUUAUUGAUGAGCAACUACUUUGGAAAAAUCAAAUUGAAGCUAUUUCAGGCAAAGUAUCAAAAGGUAUAGGUAUGCUACGACGAAUAAAGAACUGUAUCCCCAAAACAACUUUGAUUAAGGUGUACAAUGCGUUAGUAUUUCCAUAUUUUGACUAUUGCAGCCUUGUAUGGAGCAACUGUAGUGAUCAGCUGAUCAGUAAGUUGCAGAAAAUGCAAAACAGGGCAGCAAGGGUCAUAACUGGCAGAUCAUACGAGACACCUUCAAAUGAAGUUUUGAGGGAACUAGAUUGGAAACCCAUAAUUGAUCAUUGGGAAAAAAAUAGUUUAGUAUUCAUGUACAAAGCGAAGAGAAAUGAAUUACCAGAGAAUUUGAUGAACCUGUUUGAAAUUAAAAAUAACAUUAAUUAUAAUUUACGUAGCAACGGAAAUAAGUUUACUCUACAAAAGCCUAAAACAAAUUUUAUGAAAAAAAGCAUUAGCUAUAAUGGUGCUAAAACAUGGAAUAAUUUACCGAGAUGUGUAAAAACAAGUGAUGCCACAAUUAGGCAAUUCAAGGCUGCGCUUGAUCGUAUUAAACAUUAAAUGUAAAUAAGGCCAGUCAGUUUUGCAUGGUUUUAUAUCUUUUAUAACUAGUAAUAGGUGUUUAGUUAACGUGUGAUAUCUUUAUAACUUUAACAUUAUGUAAUUAUUAUGUAUUGCUUCCAUUUGUAAAUUUAGAUUAGUAUAGUGUGAACGGCUCCUUGGAAAUCAAUAACCUAGGUGUGUUGAAGGAUAACCGUUGUAAAAUAAGAUUUUUAAUAAUAAUAAUAAUAAUAAUAAGUAUUAACUGUUAAGAGGAGCGAUUUGGCGACUUCUUGAAAAAAUAAAGACAAAACGAAAUGAAGAAAAAAUUAUACGAAAAGUUACGGGAAUUUACCUGGGAAUGGUCCACAACUUUCGCUCAUGAUGGCCUCAGUGUUUACCACUAUACCAUGCUGUCAACGAUGCAAGUAGGUUACAAAUUACUUUACUUCAAUAUUCUAGUAUUUUUGGAUUUCACCCUACAUAAGAAUUCUCCUCAUCGCUCUUCCUCCCUUCCGGGUGGGAUUUGUGGAAGAAUGUAGAUAA